CAACCGAUCAAGUCUUUCAAUUAUUAUCCAUUUGACAUCUAUCAUCUAGUUUUGCUCUUCUUAAUCAGACUCUUAUAAGUAGUAGAACAAGUUUGUCCAAACCCAAUUGAAUUCCAAACUUCAAUUCCUUUAAGUAAUGGCAGCAGAAAUUGGAUCAUGGAGAGAUAUGAGGAGCCUGACAGGGCAGAUCCUGUCAGGAAGAUGGUUCAUGGUGUUCGCUUCGUUCCUGAUUAUGUCGGCAGCUGGUGCAACUUACAUGUUUGGUCUCUACUCCAACGUGAUCAAAACAUCUCUAGGCUACGACCAAACAACUCUCAACUUAUUAAGCUUCUUCAAAGACGUGGGUGGCAACGUCGGUAUCCUCUCCGGUCUAAUCAACGAAGUCACACCGCCGUGGGUGGUGCUUGUCAUCGGCGCCGUCAUGAACUUCAGUGGCUACCUCAUGAUAUGGCUGGCCGUAAAAGGUACCAUCCCACGACCUCAAGUAUGGCACAUGUGUCUCUACAUCUGUCUCGGUGCUAAUUCUCAGUCCUUCGCCAACACCGGCGCACUCGUCACCUGUGUCAAGAACUUCCCGGAAAGCAGAGGCGUCGUGUUAGGGCUUUUGAAAGGAUUUGUGGGUCUCAGCGGUGCAAUAAUAACUCAAAUCUAUCAUGCCGUUUAUGGAGAUGACGCAAAAUCUCUCAUCCUUCUCAUAGGUUGGCUUCCGGCCGUCAUCUCUUUCGCUUUCGUUCGAACCAUUAGAAUCAUGAAAGUGAUUCGACAAUCGAACGAGCUUAAGGUAUUUUAUAAUUUUCUCUACCUCUCUCUCGCCCUUGCUGGGUUCCUCAUGAUCAUAAUCAUAGUAGAGAAGAAGUUCCAGUUCAAUCGGAGUGCUUACGGGUUGAGUGCUGCUGCUGUUAUUCUUGGCCUUCUCUUCCUCCCACUCGCCGUGGUUGUAAAGGAAGAAAUUGUUAUGUGGAAGAAGAAGAGACAAGCUGUCGAGUCUUCUCUUUCUUCUUCACAGUUGAAAAUUUCAGUUGACAAGUCAACGAUACAAGGAACACAAACCUUGCCAGCUCCACCUUCCUCGACCAAGCCAGUUUCUUGCUUUGCCACUAUAUGCAGGGCACCAGAUAGAGGUGAAGACUACACUAUUUUACAAGCUUUGUUUAGCCUUGACAUGUUGAUUCUCUUUAUGGCAACAACAUGUGGGGUGGGUGGGACAUUGACGGCGAUCGACAAUUUAGGUCAGAUAGCUCUAUCACUUGGCUAUCCAGCUCGUACUACCAGUACCUUCGUAUCGCUUGUAAGCAUAUGGAACUAUCUCGGACGAGUGGUGGCGGGUUUUGUGUCGGAAAUAUUACUAAAAAGAUACAAAUUCCCACGUCCCCUUAUGCUCACAUUAACCCUCCUCUUCUCCUGCAUCGGCCACAUCUUGAUCGCCUUCGGAGUUCCCAACGGACUUUACUUCGCGUCUGUGAUCAUUGGGUUCUGUUUCGGCGCGCAAUGGCCGCUUCUGUUCGCGAUAAUAUCUGAGAUAUUUGGGCUUAAAUACUAUUCUACUUUGUACAACUUCGGGUCCGUGGCAAGCCCUGUUGGGUUAUAUAUUCUGAACGUGAAGCUGGCCGGGAAUUUAUACGAUAAAGAGGCGAGGAAGCAGUUGGCUGCGUUGGGGAAGAGAAGAGAGGCUGGGGAAGGAUUGACAUGUACAGGUGUGGUUUGUUACAAGCUAUCUUUCCUUAUAAUAACGGCGGUGACAUUGUUUGGGUGUGCCGUGUCAUUUAUUCUGGUGGUCAGGACUAGGAAGUUCUAUCAGAGUGAUAUUUACAGUAAGUUCAGGGAGGCGGCAGAGGCCGGCCAGGCUGAAAUGGCUUUCGCCGCCUCCGGUGGUGGCGGAGGCGGUGGAUUAAUAGAACCAGAUCAGAAACAUGGAAAAGAUGAGAUUUCUUCUUCUGCGGUUCCCACCACCGUCCCUAAGAUAGAGAAGGAGGGGGAAGUGAAUGGAGAUGGAAGGAGGAUAGAGUAGAGAAUUAGAAUAGUAUGAGGUGGGUGGAAAAGCAAUUAGAUAGUGUUUGGAGGGUAAAUAUGUAUUCUCUCUCAUAUCUAUUUUCUGUAAUAUAAUUGUCAAAGACACUCGAUAAUACACAAAUCUGAUAUU